AUGCUGGUCGACAACGAAUUCGGGGAUGUACUUAAGUCUGACACAGUUGCAGAGCCUAGAAUGGGUGCUGGCGAGCUGAUUGAUGAAAGCAGAUUUGAGGAGCUAGUUGAUGAGACGAGAAUCGAGUUAGAAAUGCUAGUUGACACCGAGCUCGCCGAUAUGCUUUGGCUAGGCGUUUGGCUGGUUGUGGAGUCUAGAAUGGAUGACGACAGAACCACAGGUGCUGAAGAUGAGGUGCGGGUCAAGGAAAUGCUUGAUAGAGAGGAAAUCAAGCUAACAGAGCUAGUUGAUGAGAGCAGAAGUAGGGAGCUGCUUGAUGAAAUGGAGACUGAAGAGCUAUCUGAGGACGAACGGGAUAAGAGAGUGAUCGUGGUUGUAAUUUGGCUCGUUAAUCGGGGCACGCAAGCCGGGCUGGAAGAGGAGCUUGACGAACUUAAAGCUGAGGGAGUGAUUGAUAAGACGGAAGCCGAAUUAGAAGGGCGUCGUGACGUUGACGAAGGCGUAUUUGGCGCGGGAAUUGGGGUACUGUUUGGUCCGCCUGCUGCAGCUGUAUGA